GCCAGCUGAGGAAGUGGAGGGGACUUUGGAAAAUGUCUUCCCUUUAUUUUCUUCCCAGUCAAUGCAGUUUGAUUUUAAACAGCACAGCUUUUAUUUUUUAGCUUCACACAGAUUAAAACUUCCUCCUGAGUCCAACAUCUGAAACUGGAAGCAGAGGAUUUGCAGACAGAAAUCUCAAACCAAAUGUCAGGCCUGAAUCUGACAGUCACUUGAUUCAUCAGGACCUAAACAUCAUUGACUUUUGUAUCUAGGGAGAGAAAUGUUUGUCUGCUUCAAAAGAUUUUACACAUCAGUGUGACUGGAAAAACACCGAGACACACACACCUGAGUGAGAGUGUUCCAGUGCACUGACUAGGGAAAGAGCUUUAACCAGUUACACCAACUGAAAAAAACAUCACACCAUUCACAGCGGGGAGAGACCAUACACAUGUUCUGUGUGUGUGGGCAAGGCUUCAACUGAUCAUCAAACCUGGGGAUACACAAGGACACCUGCAUCAUGGAGAAACUGUGGAAAUGUGGCGACUGUGGGAAGGGAUUCCAGUUCCCAUCUGCACUGGAAACUCAUCGACGCAGUCACACUGGGGAGAGGCCGUUCACCUGCUCUGAGUGUGGGAAGGGAUUCAGUCGGUUAUCCAACCUGCAGAUGCACCAGCGAGUUCACACCGGGGAGAGGCCAUUCAAGUGCUCCGAGUGUGGGAAGGGAUUCAGUAAUUCAUCCCAUUUGAUAUCACACCAGCGAGUUCACUCCGGGGAGAGGCCACUCACCUGCCCCGUGUGUGGAAAGCGAUUCAGCCACUCAUCAAAUCUUCUGCGACACCAGCGAGUUCACACUGGCGAGAGACCAUUUUCCUGCUCUGAGUGUGGGAAGAGAUUCCAAGGUUCAUCACAUCUGCUGACACACCAGCGCAUUCACACCGGGGAGAGGCCUUUCACCUGCUCAGACUGUGGGAAAGGAUUCAGUCGGUUAUCCCACCUGCAUACACACCAGCGAGUUCACACUGGGGAGAGGCCGUUCACCUGCUCUGUGUGCGGGAAGGGAUUCAGUGAACCAGUCAACCUGCAGAAUCACCAGCGAGUUCACACUGGGGAGAGACCAUUCUCUUGCUCCGUGUGUGGGAAGCGAUUCACUCAGUCAUGUUACCUGCUCAAACACCAGCGAGUUCACUCCAGGGUGAGGCCAUUCACCUGCUCCGUGUGUGGGAAAGGAUUCACUGAUCCAUCCAACCUGCAGACACACCAACGAGUUCACACUGGGGAGAGGCCGUUCACCUGCUCUGAGUGUGGGAAGGGAUUCACUCAGUCAUCCAGCCUGCUGACACACCAGCGAGUUCACACCGAGGAGAGGCCAUUCACCUGCUCUGAGUGUGGGAAAGGAUUCACUGAGUUUUACAGACUGCAGAUACACCAGCGAGUUCACAAUGGGGAGAGGCCAUUCACCUGCUCGGAAUGUGGGAAGGGAUUCAAAGAUGCAUCCAACCUGCAGACACACCAACGAAUUCACACUGGGGAGAGGCCGUUCACCUGUUCUGAGUGUGGGAAACAAUUCACUCAGUCAUCCCACUUGCUGAGCCACCAGCGAGUUCACACCGGGGAGAGGCCAUUCACCUGCUCUGGGUGUGGGAAAGGAUUCACUAAUUCAUCCAACCUCCUGACACACCAGCGAGUUCACAAUGGGGAGAGACUGUUCGCCUGCUCUGAGUGUGGGAAGGGAUUCAGUGAUUCAUCCACCCUACGAACACACCAGCGAGUUCACACUGGGGAAAAGCCAUUCACCUGCUCUGAGUGUGGAAAGGGAUUCACUCAGUUAUCCAACCUGCGGAAGCACCAGCGAAUUCACACCGGGGAGAGGCUGUACACCUGCUCUGAGUGUGGGAAGGGAUUCAGUGAUUUAUCCAACCUGCUGGCGCAUGAGCGAGUUCACACUGGGGAGAGGCCGUUCACCUGCCCUGUGUGUGGGAACAGGUUCACUCAGUCAUGCCACCUGCUGAGACACCAGUGA